AGCUUUUUUUUCUAUUAGACGCGCACCAACAGAGGCCGGCAGCCGCGGGAGAUUUGAGCUUCGCACAGCUGAUCCUACUUCGCUCACAGAGAUGGCAAGUAACAAUGCUUAUCCUACCAUACUUUAUGCAUGUUUUUCUCAGUCAAAGAAGAGGGGAUUGAGUCUGGAAGAGAAGAGGACGCGACUCCUCGAUAUUUUCUUUGAGAAGAAGGAGUUUUUCCAGCUGAAGGAGCUAGAGAGUAUUGCUCCCAAGCUGAAAGGAAUCACAUCAAUGUCAGUGAAGGAAGUCCUACAGAGUCUGGUUGAUGAUGGUAUGGUGGACACGGAGCGGAUCGGAACCUCCAACUACUUCUGGGCUUUUCCUAGCAAGGCUUCCAACCAGAAAAAGAGAAGGCUAAAGGAGCUGCAGAGACAGUUGGCAGAGGGUGAGAGGAAGAGGCAGUCACUGGAGCAGGAGAUAAAGACAGCAUCCGUUGGCAGGGAAAAGUCGGUCAGGAGACUCUGGACGCCGUGUCCUGAUUACGGAGGUGUCCUGAACUGUUGCAGGACGAGAGAGAGGAGCUCCUGAAAUCGCUGAGGGAGAAACAAGGACUGAAGAAGAGACUGGCAGAUGAGCUCAGUCAAUACCGGGACUGUGAUCCAGCCGCAAUCACUCACAUGCGUGAACAGACUAGGAUUGCUGUUGAUGCAACUAACAGAUGGACAGAUAAUGUGUUCUCAGCCAAGAGCUGGUGCAAGAACAAGUUUGGGCUGGAGGACUCGGCCAUUGACAAGCAGUUUAGCAUUCCUGAGGACUUUGACUAUAUCAACUAACAUCAGUUCCCUCGCAAUCCUAUCUAGCUCGCUCUCUAUACUGAGAUAUAUAGAUACGCA